UUGCGUGAAGCAAAGGUUCAAGCUUCGCUAGCAAACAUGGGUUUCGCCAACAUCUGGGCUACCAAGGCUGAGUGCAACGGCAAGGGCCAGCGCCGCUGCCGCGUGUGCGCAAACCAGUGGGGUAUCAUUCGCAAGUACAACCUCAACAUCUGCAGGCAGUGCUUCCGCGAGUAUGCCAAGGACAUCGGCUUCGUGAAGAACAACUAAGCGCGCCGUGUCUGUGCGCUACGCUCGGGGCGAGCUAGCGAAUAUUAGGGUGGAUUUCGUGCAUCUUCUAGAUGUAAUAUACACUGCAUUCGGUGUUUGAA